UCCUCCAAAACCUUGGCCAGUCCCGUUAACUCCAGUUCAGACAAAUCAAGUAAUCAUCCCUUCUUGUUCCUCGCUGGGCUAAGCCUAAAUCCAAGCUUAUCAUACUACGUAGUUGCGCCUAGCAGCUGGCUGCUUUAGUUAGUACGUACUCUUGGACGUACGUACGGAAGCAUGCGGCCACCACAUCCGUCCCAACGUCCGCAGCAAGCGACCGGAACAGUCAUGGACCCGCCCGCCAGGCUGCCGGAGCCGGUGCCGUCGCCGAUACUGAGGCACUCGCCGUCCAUAUCGCGCUCGCUGCGAUCGGCGGCAGACACGUCGUCCGUCACCUUCGCCGCCGACUUCCUGUCGCCCUCCAACUCCAAGCCGGAGUCCACCUCGCCGUCCUUGGAGAGCUUCCGGACGGCCCGGUCCAGCGUCUCGCGGUCAUCCACGAGGCGGUCCGCGUCCGAGCGCGCCGGUUCGCAGCGGGACCUCCGCGACGAGGACGCGCGGUUCGUCUACAUCAACGACGCGCCGCGCACCAACGCGCCGCCGGCCAUGUUCCCGGACAACUCCAUCCAUACCUCCAAGUACUCCGUCCUCACCUUCCUCCCACGCAACCUCUACGAGCAGUUCCACAGGGUGGCCUACAUCUACUUCCUCAUCCUGGCGGUGCUCAACUUUGUGCCGCAACUCCUCGUGCUGUCCAAGGAAGCGGGCGUUCUGCCGCUGGCCUUCGUGCUCGGCGUCACGGCGCUCAAGGACGCGUACGAGGACUGGAGGCGCCACCGGUCCGACAAGAAGGAGAACAACCGCACGGCGUCUGUGCUGCUGGACGGCGUGUUCCGGCCCAAGCGGUGGAAGGACCUUCAGGUUGGCGACGUGGUGCGUCUGGUGGCUAACGAGACGCUUCCGUGCGACAUGGUGCUUGUGUCCACCAGCGACCCCACCGGCGUGGCCUACAUCCAGACCAUCAACCUCGACGGCGAGUCCAACCUCAAGACGCGCUACGCCAAGCACGAAACCAUGUCCACGCCGCCGGAGGCGCUCGCUGGCGUCAUCAAGUGCGAGAAACCCAACCGCAACAUCUAUGGCUUCCUCGCCACGGUGGACCUCAACGGCCGCCGCGCCAUCUCCCUCGGCACCUCCAACAUCAUGCUCCGUGGCUGCGAGCUCAAGAAUACGGUCUGGGCCAUCGGAGUCGCAGUGUACACCGGCGGGGACACCAAGGUCGUGCUCAACAGCUCGGGUGCGCCGUCCAAGCGCAGCCGCCUCGAGACGCACAUGAACCGCGAAAUCAUCGCGCUCGCCGUGGCUCUGGUCGUCCUCUGCUCGGUGGUGUCUCUCCUCACCGGCAUCUGGUUGGGUGACCAUGCCGACCAGCUCGGCAUCAUCCCUUUUUUCCACAAAUACGACUACUCUGGGGAUGCUGGGCACGACGACGGGAGGUACCACUGGUACGGCACGGGCGCGCAGGUGGUGUUCACGUUCAUGUCGGCGGUGAUACAGUUCCAGGUCAUGAUACCCAUCGCGCUCAUCAUAUCCAUGGAGCUCAUCAGGGUGGGGCAGGCAUACUUCAUGGUGCAGGACAACCACAUGUUCGACGACGAGAGCCAGGCCAGGUUCCAAUGCCGGGCGCUUAACAUCAACGAGGACCUCGGGCAGAUCAAGUACGUCUUCUCCGACAAAACCGGCACGCUCACGCAGAAUCGGAUGGAGUUCCGCUGCGCCACCGUGCAAGGCCGCGACUUCAGCGAGACCGACGGCGGCGAGGAAGAAGGACAUGCCGUGCAAGCGGACGGCGUGUUCCUGAGACCGAAGACGGCGGUGAAGACGGACCCGAAGCUGACGGCGCUGCUCAAGGACGGGACGGGCGCCAAGGCCAGCCGCGCCCGCGAUCUGUUCCUGGCGCUAGCGACCUGCAACACCAUCGUGCCCAUCGUCGAGGACACGGUGAACCCGGCGGCGAAGCUGGUGGAGUACCAGGGCGAGUCCCCCGACGAGCAGGCGCUGGUGUACGCUGCCGCGGCCUACGGGCACAAGCUCGUGGAGCGCACCUCCGGCCACAUCGUCGUCGACGUGUUCGGCACCAGGCAAAGGUACGAGCUCACCACCCCACCCGUUUACUGCAAAAUGUUUGCUUCUCAUAGCAUUGCGUGCCGCCGUUGGUGAGAUUGAUUUGUUUUUGUUACGAUGAUUUGACUGCAUUCUUUGUGGGUGAAAUUUCUGUUUCUUUGUUGCCAUGACGAUAAAUAUGAGAGGUUGUGAUGCGAUCGACAAUGACAUUUGCAUAGACAGACGUUAAAUAGGAGUAGAUGUUAGUGAGACUAGGGGAAAACUAAAGUGUUCAGUUGGUGUCACGAAAUCCUGGGUCCGACGGCUAGUGUGAUACAGUACGUCGCUCCGACCAUCUGGGCAGAGAAAGCAAAGUUGUCAACUGCUCCACUUCCGUACAAGCCACAGGGCAGGUGCGGCUGCUCAUCGAAAUCCCCUUCCGACUAGCUUUUUUAUUCUAAAUAGACUUUCAUUUGUUUUAUAGAUAAAUCAAUGAUUCAUACAACCAACAUACAAGUUCAACAAUAGAUAUCACACUCUAGCUCAACGAAAAUAAAAGAAACAAGAAAAAAGACACCUAGUGACAGGAUAGCAUCGGCCCUAGCAGGAGGUAAGUCGUCGGGCCAUAGUCUGAAAUGCAUCCAGUAUACCAUCAAGUCGCACCGGGUCUCACCGUCUAGAGAACGGGUGCCAAUGCUGCAUAAAAGUAAGGAAUUUAAAGCAGUAAGAUGCCUAC